UAGUGAUACAGUUCAAACAGAAUCCCAUCCAAACAUCUCUGGAGGUAUUUUUUUAUUAUAUUUUUCCUCAGGGUCUUUCCGGUCUGAGGACAGAAACAUGAUGCUCAGUCCAGACCAGCCCGGGUCCGACCUGUCCUGGACACAUCCGGACACGGACACGGAGACCCUCCUGGACACAUUCAACGUGCCCGAGGACUCAGAGGGCAGAGCGCGCUCUGUGCACGUGCCCGCCCUCAGCAGAGAGGAGAAGAGACGCAAGAGGCGCGCGACCGCGAAAUAUCGAUCCGCGCACGCCACCAGGGAGCGGGUGCGCGUGUUGGCCUUCAACGUGGCCUUUGCGGAGCUGAGGAAGCUGCUGCCGACGCUCCCACCGGACAAGAAGCUGUCCAAGAUCGAGAUCCUGCGACUCGCGAUCUGUUACAUGUCCUACCUCCACCACGUGCUGGAUGUUUAGAGGAGGAGGGACUGAGGCAGGAGGACUGCUGCUGGAUGACUUCUGGAUAUAUUGACACCAGAAGAUUUGAGGAAUACCCUGUACGUGCAUGUGGGCUUAUUAACUAUAAUGGCACACUGAGCAUCACAUUGAUUUGUGAUGCAGCUGCAGAACUACAAGCUGCUGUCAUCAAAAGGAUGAAAAGAAUGGAUCUAUCUUGAAAACUGCUGUAUAUUAUAUUUGUAUAGCCAAAAUACUAAAACAUUGCAAUGCUGCAUGGACCUUAAAAAAUGCAGCCUGCUCUAUGACUUUGUUUCCUGUUUGCACCAAUUUGUAAAUAUAAUUUAUUUAGAUUCAUGUGGGAUUCAGUUGCAGCCUGAAAUGAAGUCCAUGUGUUGAAAAUAAACUGUGGCAGCUUAAAUUUUUUUUAAGAAACCUGUUUAUUGUCAGUUAUCUUCUCUUACCCCAG